CGCCAAAACGCGCGUGACGUCACCGCCGCCGUCCGCAGAGCGACUGAUUCAAACGCGCGUGCGGAGCGUCUUUCUGCAGCAGCGACUGAAGGUCAGAGAGACAGACAGCACUGAUAACCGGACCUGAAGUGAUAUCCAGGGCUCACGAUGCCUCCACCUGUCGGACCCCCAGCCGUGCCGCCUCCAGACGGUGGGUGGGGCUGGGCUGUGGUGGGUGGGGCCUUCAUCUCCAUCGGAUUCUCUUACGCCUUCCCAAAGGCCACCACCGUGUUCUUCAAAGACAUCCAGAGGAUCUUCAACGCCUCGUACAGUGAGGUGGCCUGGAUCUCCUCCAUCAUGCUGGCUGUCAUGUACGCAGGAGGUCCCAUCAGCAGUAUUCUGGUGAACACAUACGGCUGCCGUCCCAUCAUGAUCUUGGGCGGCUUUCUGUGCGCCAUCGGGAUGAUCAGCGCCUCCUUCUGCAACACCGUCAUGCAGCUCUACAUCUGCAUCGGCGUCAUCGGCGGCUUCGGUCUGGCCUUCAACCUCCAGCCGGCGCUUACGAUGAUCGGGAGGUACUUCUACAAGAAGCGUCCCAUCGCUAACGGCUUUGCCAUGGCUGGCAGUCCCGUGUUUCUCAGCACACUAGCGCCGCUCAACCAGUAUCUGAUCAAUGAAUACGGAUGGAGGGGAAGCUUUCUGAUCCUCGGCGGGCUCCUGCUCAACUGCUGCGUGGCCGGAGCGCUCAUGAGGCCCCUAAGGGCCCCGCCGAACACGGCCAAAGCGCUGGAGGACAAACCCCCGACUGUUAAAGGUCCCCUGACGGAGAAGACCACGGCCUGGCAGAUGGUCAAUAGGUAUCUGGAUUUGUCGCUCUUCAAGCACCGCGGAUUCCUCAUCUACCUGUCGGGAAACGUCAUCAUGUUCUUGGGCUUCUUCGCGCCGAUCGUCUUCCUCUCGUCGUACGCCAAAGACAACGGCGUGGACGAGUAUCAGGCGGCCUUCCUGCUGUCCAUCCUGGCUUUUGUGGACAUGUUCGCUCGGCCGUCCAUGGGCCUUCUGGCCAACUCGCGCUGGGUCCGGCCGCGGAUCCAGUACUUCUUCAGCUUCGCCGUGCUGUAUAACGGCGUGUGUCACCUGCUGUGUCCGCUGGUCGACAGCUACACCGGGAUGGUGGUGUACGCCGUCUUCUUCGGCUUCGCCUUCGGGAUGGUGAGCGCCGUCCUGUUCGAGACGCUGAUGGACCUGGUGGGAGCGCAGCGCUUCUCCAGCGCCGUGGGGCUCACCACCAUCGUGGAGUGCUGUCCGGUGCUCAUCGGACCGCCGCUGGCAGGGAAGUUAGUGGACAUCACAAAGAACUACAAGUACAUGUACCUGUGCUGCGGAUCUGUGGUCGUCCUUUCCAGCAUCUGGCUCUUCAUCGGCAACUUCUACAACUAUCGUAUGCUGGAGCGCGAGCGCAAAGAAGAGGAGAUGUACAAACGCGGCGAGCGCGGGGAGCAGGAGCAGACGGAAACCCACGCAGACGCAGACGCAGACACUGAAGCGGCGCAGCAGCUCUGCGAGAACAAAGACGGCGUCAUGCAGCGAGAAACCAACAUCUGAACGCCUAUGCAAACUCUGAAGACACUGCCAAAGCUGUAGAGGCUUUAUUAGACAGAUCACAGCAGAACUCUAGAGAUCAACGCUGGGGCUGGGAAAUAAGUCGAUGCAUCGCGAAUCGAGAAAUCAUUCGCAUCGAUUCUGAGAUUUUGUUUCCACCACAAAAUAAAAAAUUCAUAAUUCAGACUUUUUUAUUUUUUUACAAGAUAUAAACUUGGAAUUCAGAGGGAAAAAAAAGGUCAAAAUUGAAUCUAAAUCUUGCAUUUUGACUUUAAAUCUUGCAAUUUUCAGUUUCAUGAUUUUGACAAACUGCUUAUAUCUCAAUUCUGAGUUUAAAUCUCACUAUUUAGGUUUACAUUUCACAAUUUGAGUUUAUAUCUCAUAAUUGAAUUUGUCUCAUAAUUCUGAGUCUAUUAUAAUUUUGAGUUUGAAUAUAGCAAUUUGAGUUUAUAUCUCAUAAUUGAGUUUGUCUCAUAAUUCUGAGUCUAUUAUAAUUUUGUUUAAAUAUAACAAUUUGAGUUUAUAUCAUAAUUCUGAGUUUGUCUCAUAAUUCUGAGUUUGUCUCAUAAUUCUGAGUUUAUAUUGUAAUUCUGAGUUUAUAUCUAAUAAUUCUGAGUUUAUAUCUCAUAAUUCUGAGUUUGUCUCAUAAUUCUGAGUUUGUCUCAUAAUUCUGAGUUUAUAUUGUAAUUCUGAGUUUAUAUCUCAUAAUUCUGAGUUUGUCUCAUAAUUCUGAGUUUAAACCUCACAUUUUGAGUUUUUGAGAUUUUCCGAAUGCAGUCGAUUCUGAGCUGAGGUGAAAUUACACGAGCAUUUAAGUGUGCGGAUAAAAACUAGAGCAGAGCGCCAUCUGCUGUUAAAAUCUAAGCUCAGAAUCGAUUCCAGAGACAAUCGCGAUGCAUUUGAAAGAUCUCAGAAUUGAUCCACGAAUCGAUUCUGCAUCGAUUUAUCAUCGCAGCCCUAAUAAACACGCACUUUUAUAUAUAGACGGCCUUUAUAGCUUGGUUUCGGUCAUUUCUCGUGGCUCAGGUUAAACAAACGUCCGUAUUUGACAGCCAAACACCAGACGUCCAGCUCGUUUGAGUGUGUUUUAUACGUUAAGCUGCUGGCGCCUGCAAUCUGACUGAUCUGAAUGUAAGUCUGUGUGCGUUUCUGAUGUUUUAGGGCCUUACGAAUCCGUUCCUGACCAAAAUCACUUCUGAGGAUCAUUACCAAAUCUAGAGCUUCAAGCAAUAUGAUUUCCAUCAGACAUCCUCAGGGCAAACACUCGUUUUGUUCCGUUUUCGGGGUUAUUUUAUUUUUUUUACACAGGGUAUUUGAGUUUUACAUGAUUCCUGCGCUCAGUUUGAGAGUGCCACUAUCAACACUCUCCAACUCAUGAUGUAUUGCCUUAAAUAUAAUGUAAGCAUCUACUAUUCUAACUGUGUAUAUAAUACUAUAUUUAAUGUAUUUGCUGAUGUACAUUUACUAAUCAAUUGGAUAGAGGCUAAAUAAUUUAACAAAUACAUUGUAUGAAAUGUAUGGAAGCCUAUUUCCACCACAAACUAAAAACUUAUCUUUUUAUCUCACAAUUCAGACUUUUUUUUAAUUUACAAGAUAUAAACUUGGAAUUCAGAGGGGAAAAAAGGUCAAAAUUGUGGUCAAAACUCAAAAUUACAAAGUCAGAUUUUUAAGUUCUAAAUCUUGCAUUUUGACUUUAGAUCUUGCAAUUUUCAUGAUUUUGAGUUUUAUGAUUUUUAAAAUUGCGCUUGUAUCUCAAUUCUGAGUUUAAACCUCGCAAUUUGAGUUUAUAUCUCAUGAUUGAGUUUUCUCAUAAUUCCGAGUUUAUAUCAUAAUUCUGAGUUUAAAUCUAGCAAUUUGAGUUUAUAUCUCAUAAAUGAGUUUUCUCAUAAUUCGAGUUUAUAUCAUAAUUCUGAGUUUAAAUCUAGCAAUUUGAGUUUAUAUCUCAUAAAUGAGUUUUCUCAUAAUUCCGAGUUUAUAUCAUAAUUCUGAGUUUAAAUCUAGCAAUUUGAGUUUAUAUCUCAUAAAUGAGUUUUCUCAUAAUUCCGAGUUUAUAUCUCAUAAUUCUGUUUAAACCUCACAAUUUGAGUUUAUAUCUCAUAAUUGAGUUUUCUCAUAAUUCCGAGUUUAUAUCUCAUAAUUCUGAGUUUAAACCUCACAAUUUGAGUUUAUAUCUCAUAAUUGAGUUUUCUCAUAAUUCCGAGUUUAUAUCAUAAUUCUGAGUUUAAAUCUAGCAAUUUGAGUUUAUAUCUCAUAAAUGAGUUUGUCUAAUAAUUCAGAGACAAAAAGUCAGAAUUGUGAGAUAAAAAGACAAAAUGACCUUUUUUUUUAAUUUUUUUUAAAAUUCUGUGACACAAGCAAGCUUCCAUAGAAAUGCAUCUUAAAUUCUAUUGCCAGGAUGAUUUUGUUUUAUAUCUUGUAGAGCUGCAUUACAUUUCUUUAAAACAAAUCUUAAGUAUGAAAGCAUAUAUAUAUGAGAUGUUCGUUCACAUUUUUAAGUCUAUGAGCACCAGAGGUAUUAUUAUUAUUAUUAUUAUCAUUAAAUUAUCUUUACUGUAGUACAGACACAUUAUAAUGCUGGAAUGAAGAUGUUGUGCUAUUUAUAGCAUGUAAAUAACUAACAACACUAAUGAUAAUAUUUAAUGUGAUGGUUAUGUUUUGUAUCAUAUUUUUUAACAUUUGUUGUCAUGUUUGUCAGGAGAUGCUGAAACAGACCAAAUUGCCACUAAAACACACUCUACAUUCACAUACAUGCUGUUAUGAUUAUUAUUAGUAUUAUUAGCAAUUUUAAUGACCGUAUUGUUUGCUUUUUUUGUAUUUGUCAUGUUCAACAAAUGUAACGGGUUUAACUUGUAACUCUCAUGUUACGUCACUGAUGUUGUUAAAUCAUUCUGUAUUCACUUCUUUGGUUCAUAAUUCUGGAUGCAAUGAAAUUUGCAAUUAAACCACAAUAUUUGGAAGACGCCUCAA